UCCUCUUCUGAAUCCGGCUUGAAUUUCUGGCAGUUCCCUGUCAAUAUACUGCUGCAGCCAUUUUUGAAUCAUCUUCAGCAAAAAAAGGCUGCAUAAUAAACCCUUAUAUGGAUGUAAAAUAAUAAGCAAUCUCCAUUGUUAGACAUUAAAAUUGUCUACUGUUAUUUGCUACUGUUAACAAUGCUUUGAUAAACAGUAUACAUAUUUGCACAUAUUUUUCAUUAUUUCCUUAGGAAAAGCUGGGUCACAGGAAUAUUUAAAGCCAUGGAAGGGAUGAAUUUACCUAGGGAUAGAGAAGAGAGAAGCCCUAGGAAUGAGGUUGUUAGGAACAGGUUUUAGGCAGAAGAUCAGGAAAUGGAGAAGAGAGACGAAGAAUGAGUAGCACAAGAAGAUUGCAAUAUCAGAGAAGCCAAGAGAAGAGACUGUUUCAAGGAUCUUGGUCAACUGAUCAAAAGCUUUAGAGUAUCAGGUAGGAUAAGGACAGGAAAGAGUGCCUUGGAUUGGCAACAAAGACAUCCUUAUUGAUUGUGACGAGCUGUUUCACUGUAAUGGAAGAAGCAGAAGCCCAAUCUGGGGGUGGGGGAUGAAGAAUAAAUGGGAAGAAAGGAAGUGGAGACUGGUUUUGAAAAGGAACAGGAAAAAAAAAGUAAGGGUAGCUGGAGGAUGUUGUAGGGUUAAAAAAGUUUAUUUUAUCAUGGUAAAAAUACAUAUAACAAAACAUUUGCCAAUUCAACAUUUUUUACAUGUACAAUUCAGUAACAUUGAAUACGUUUAUCAUGCUGUACAAACAUUACUACUAUUUCCAAAGUAUCCCAUCAGCAUUAAAAGAUAAUUUUUAAAAACACAGGAGAUACUCAGAGAGGAAUGAUUCAGUAGAGAAGACUGAUGAUGCAGGAGCAGUUAACUGAAAGAGGGGUAAGCCCCAGAAUACAAAUGGAAGAAUCUAAUUUCCCCAGCCCAGACAUCUCCUUUGUGCUCUAGACUUAUAUCCACAUGCUUACUUGAUACUUUGACGUUUCACCAGCAUAUAACUUUCUAAGAAUUAACAUGUCCAAAACUAAAUUCUUAAUCCCCCCACCUCUUAAUUCUGUUUCCUACCCCUUCCCACAGUCCUUCCCCAUUGCAAUAAAAGAUGCUGCUAUCCAUCCAGUUGCUAAAACCAACACAUGCCCUGCCCUCUAAUCUAUCUAUGAGUGAUAUCUUCAAAGUAUAUCCCCAAACCUUCCACUUUCCUCCAUUUCUACCAUCAUUCUGGCCCAGGGCACCAUCAUCCUUUAUCUGGACUGCCACCAAAGCCUCAUGAUUUGGACUCCUUCCAUUCUUGACUCCCUCUGGCCUGUUCUCCAGGUAGCAGCUAGGGUCAUCAUUUAAAAUGUAAAUUUAGUCACUCCCAUGCUUGGAAAUCCUUCAGUUGUUUUCCAUUGCACUUGGAAUAAAAGCCAAACUCCUUAUUGAACCUAUAAAGCUCUGCCUGACCCUUUCCUACUACCUCUCCAGCUGCUAUCUUUUUCUCAGCACACUCCAAGUAUGUUCUUUUUUUAGUUUCUCCAUAUGCCAGCUCUUUCCCACCUCAGACCUUUGCAUAACUGUUUCCUCUUCCUCUCCUGUGGUUUGGCACAGGGCUAGUUUUAAUAUCCUCUCUUCAGGGAUGCUUUUGCUGAUCACGUCUGUCCUCUUUUCACCAUUAUUCUCUGUAGCCCCUUUUUUCAUUCACAUGAUAGAGUUUGUAAUUAUUAGUUGGUUUCCUUUUAUUUGUCACCCCAUCGCAUCUAAACUGUAAGCUCCUCUGGGACAGUGAUCCUGUCUUGUUUACUGUGGUAUCCUCAGUGCCAUCCUCAGUGCCUUGCUCAAUGCCUGGCUCAUAACAUCCAAUAUUUGUUGAAUAAAGAAAUGAAUUAUCAGUCUUUGCCAUAUUAUUUGUUUUAUUCUAUUUUACAGGCUAGACAUGUGUAUGCUGUUUAACCUCCCAGUAUUACAUAGGUCUUGAUGGCUGGAACUUUGUCAUGUUUGUGCCUUAAUAAAUAUAUGUUGUAUGUACUCAAUAAAUACAUGUUGACACAAGUUAACUGAAAAAUAAUGAACGUGCUGAAAUGGAUAAGUUAGAAAUGUUCUAGAGUUAUAGUGCCAAUAUAAUGAGUUUUUUUUUUAACAGAAAGAUUUAAGAUCAAAGCUAAAGAGAGUAAAAAUCAAAAAAGGCAUUUUAGAUAUAGACCAUAAAUUAUGAUUUACAUACAGUUUCUUCUGUAUGUUCCCCUACUCCUUGUGCCUGUCUUAUGCCAUCGUAACUGCUUCCUUGUUUCAGUUUGCUUUUUCUGUUUUUGUUACAGCCUUCAGUUCUAUAGAACUUUCUAGCCUGGGGGGAAGGGGUAUAUUAUAAUGGUGAUUGAAGGUAAUAUGUGUAUUAUAGUGAUUGAUAUGUGAUUACUAUUUCCUCUAACAAUUUUCCUGUUGCCAGAUCUUGCUGCAGCAUUUAGUGCUGAUCCCUCCCUUCUUAAAACUUACUCUUCCCUUGAUUUUUUGAGACCCCAUUCCUUGUUUUCCUCCCAAGCCUUUAGUUAAACUUUCUCAUUUUUCUUUGUGGUUUUCUUUUUCUCCUUCUGUCCCUUAAAUUUAUGUUUUAAGUGAUUCAUUGUAAAAGUAUUAAAUUAUGGAUGAUUGCCUUGUUUCUUUAAGUAAAAUAGAGCAGAUCUCUAUAAUUUUACUCAUACACGUUCUUCUAUGAUAGCUUGAGUGGGAAGAGAGAAGGUAGGAUUUUAGCUGUGUUGCAAGGAAUCUUGAACUCCAGAUAAUAUCCUUGAGAUUAAGUAAUUAAUAUCAUUGGUCAUAUGUGUAAAGGUAGGAACCCCAAAGAUUCUGUCCUCAGCCCACUUCUGUUGCAACACACUCUUGGGCAGUUCCAUCUACUUCUAUGACUUCAAAAAAGCCCAGCUGGUAACGACUCCCAAUUUUAUUUUCAGCUCAGAUUUCUCUCCUGAGCUCUAAGUGGGAAUGUUCAUUAACCCUCUUUUCAGUAUUUCUCACAGUAUCACUUAUAAACACCUCAAACUUAAUGCAUCCAAAAUUGAACCCUUCCAGAUUUGUUCAGCCUGUGUCUCGCUAUCAUUCUGUAUUCCCCCUCAAGUCACCAUUGGCCAAGUCUUGUCAAUUUUCUUAAGUGCUCUCAAAUAUCUGUUACCACUAUUCUGCCCAUAUAAUUUCUUACCUGGAUUUCUACUGUGGGAUGUUGGUUUUCCUACUUUCUGUUUUCCACACUGCUUAUCAGGUUAUCUUUCUAAGGUAGUGAUUCUCUACUGCAAGGUAGAAUUACUUCAAGAGCUUUUUAGAAGUGAAUUUGUACGGUCCCAUUCCAGAACUACUGAUAAAUAAUUUUUGGAAGAUUUCUGUGAGAACUUUAUUUUGACCUAUAAUUUUCCACAAUCUGCCUCCUCAGAGUUCAUGAAUUAAUUUUUUUCAAUUUCACGAUUAAGAAUUCCUUAGUAAGAGAUGAUUAUUUAUAGGCUUCAGGUUUUUGUUUUUAAUUUUCAGACUGUGAUUAGCUAAAAUAAAAUAAAGAUACAUAUAAAAUAUUUGGCAUCUAAUGGGAGAGAAAUUGACUGAAAAAAUGUUGAGCAUGCUGAAAUGGGUAAGUCUAGAGACGUUAGUGUUCCACACGCAAGGUUAAUUUGGUGAACUCAGUGUUUAUUUCUGUACUCAAUUUAGAAGACAGACUUUAUGCUAGAGAAUACGGGUGAAUUAUGUGCUAGAUGAAGUAAAGAUAUUAGUUUAAUUCAGAAUAUUAGAAUUGCAAAGAACAUUAGACUUCUUAAAUAAGAAACCUAGAACUCUAAAAGGUUAAGUGACUUUGCUCAAAGUCUUGUAGCAUGUUUGCAGAAUCAGGACUGGAAUCUGGGGCUCCUAACUUUCAAUUCAGGAUUCUUAAUUUUCUCAGUUGUGAAAGGUUGAUAUAUCUAAGACUAACACAAUCUUUUCAAAGUUCAAGGAGAGUUUCCAGUGGCCAAAUUCUUCAACAUUAAGAAAAUGGUAUGACUAGUGAAGGCAAAAAUCAUUCAUUACUUGAGUAACUUAAUGCUUUACCUGGGCUUGAAAAUAUUUCAUGGAACUUUUGCUAAUUGAUUUUUAAACUUAAAAUGUACUUUAUUUCUUAAGCAUUAUGGACAUAAGAGUAUGCUACUCAGGGAAUACAUUUGUAUGUGUUAUUAAUGUCUGGAUAUAAAAGAAAAUAUUCUCAAUAGUGUAUUCAAAAGAAGUUUUCCUUAUGAACAUAUACCAUCUUCAUGCCAUGAACUGCCAUUUUUAGAUGAGAUUUUUGUCUCAGCUUUCUCAUCUGCCUUAAGAUAUUAUUUUCUUUGUUAAAGUGAAUAAUGUUAGAGAAGGAAUAUUCAUACUUAAGUAAACAAAGUAGAGAAUGGAAAUGAUUAAUAAUUUAUCUUUUUUGAUUUGUUUUGAUUUUGAGAAAAAAGUCAGUAUUUUUGGAAUGUAAGUGACAGCAACUGAAGGAAGCAUUAUACUUCCCCCUGCAAAAUUCUGACCUUCCUUAUUCUCAAGAUUGAGUUAGUACCCUACUCAAGAGUGUGUGGGGAGAAGAUGGAUGAUUGAAGUUUUAUGCUAGGCUAGAAAUAUUAAGAUUAAGGAAGCUGUAACCCUUAUCCUUUAAUUCAUUCUGCUUCCCUAGGCCUUAGCUCAUGUAAUGUUUGGAGCUUGAAGGGUUUGGAAAAGUCCUGUUUCCCUACCUCUCAUCCAAAGCUUUGGGGCUAGGAAAGGCUAUGCUGGGCCACAUCAGGUCCUUUCUUAAGCAAAUGUACAUUUAUUCAAAGGAGAUCAUGUACUGGUCCAAAUACAGGAAUUAGAAACAAGACCAUGUUUUGAGGCAUAAGAUUUUAUUUCUUCAGCAUAAAUUUGUUUUUAAUAAUUGGCUUUUGCUUAAAAAAUAAACAAAAACCCACUAAACCAGUGGCUAUCAGCUGUAAUGCCUUCUGAAAACUUAGUUUAAAAUAAUAAAGAUAUUAUAUACAAAUUAACAAGACAUCACUAUUUGGUAUAUGGAGAUGUGCCAGUCAUAGAAGAUUGAAGACGUACAUGGCAAUAAGGCUUAUCUGUAACCACCUUGUUUGAUAGUGUGUGCAGUUCAUGGAAAACUACCAAGGACCAGUAAGGCUGAGUGACUAUUCUUUUUACUGAGAUUUAAUUCACAUACCGUAAAAUUCACCAUUUUAAAGUGUACGAUUCAGUAGUUUUCAGUAUAUCCACAAGGUUGUGCAGCUGUCACCACUAAUUUCAGAACAUUUUCACUACCCUAAAAAGAAACCUCAUAGCCGUUAGCAGUCCCUCUCCAUUCUUGUCUUUCCCCAGCACCUUGCAUCUACUAAUCUACUUUUUGUCUCUAUGGAUUUGCCAGUUCUGGGUAUUUCAUAUAUAUGGAAUCAUAUUAUAUGUGGUCUUCGGUGAUUGGCUGUCACUUAGCAUAAUAUUUUUAAGGUUCAUCCAUGUUUUAGCAUGUAUCAGUACUUCAUUCAUUUUUAUGGCUGAAUAAAAUUCCUUUGUUUAUCCAUUCAUAAGUUAGUGGGCAUUUAGGCUGUCUUUACUUUUUGGCUAUCAUGAGUAGCUGCCAUGAACAUUCAUGUACAAGUUUUUGUGUGAACAUAUUUUCAAUUCUUAUGGUAAUACUAUAAAACUUAAGAAGAAAACACAAGAGAAAAUCUCUGAGACCUGGGAUUAGGCAAAGAUUCUUGGCUACAACACCAAAAGUACAAUCCAGAAAAUAAAAAGUUGAUCAAAAUUAAGAACUCUUCUAAUUCUAAAGAUACUCUAUGGGAAUGAAAAUAUAAGCCAUAGAUUGGUGCAAAAUAUAUAUCCAGCAAAGGACUUGAUUACAGAAUAUAUAAACAACUCCCAAAACUCAGUAAGAAAACAAACAACCCAGUAAAAAAUGGGCAAAAGAUUUGAGCAGAUGCUUUCCCAAAGAAGAUUUCUGGAUGAUACAUAAAGCAAAUGAUGGUUAACAUUGUUAAUUAUUGAGGAAAUGCAAAAAACAGACAAAACCAGUGAGAUACUACUGUACAUCAAUUUGAAUGGCUAAAAUAAAAUAAUUAAAAAAAAAAUUUCUUUUAACAAACUGACAAUACCUAGCCAACGAGGAUAUGGAGUAACUGAAAGUCAUACAUUAUUGGUGAGAAUGCAGAAUAAAUGGUAUGGCCACUUUGGAAUCCAUUGAAAAACAGAUUGUUUCUAGAAAGUUAAACAUGUACUACCAUACAACUGAGCAUUGGCCCUCCUAAAUAUUAAUCAGUAAAAUGAAAACUUACGUUUACACAAAACUUGUACACGCAUUUAUAACAGCUUCUUAAAUUGUUUGAAAUUAUGUAGGUGAGUAAUUGGGAAACAGUGUUAAUUUAUUUGAAUUAUCUGAUUCCAUAGAAUGUUAGAAUUAAAGGGACCUUAGAGUUAAUUUUGUCCAAGCCAUUUUUCAUACAUAUAAGGAAAUUAGUGCCAUAGUGAGUAAGUCAUUUAAGUCACACCAUAAACUAGUAAUAGAGCUUGGACAAUGAAUUCAGCUUCCCUGUUUUCUAGGAUAUUACUCUUUCAACUGUACCCUGCUGUCUCUCCCAGCAAAAGGGCUCUGUUUGAGAUAAAGUUGAAUUAAGGAAAAUAUUACGGAUUGUUUUUCUUCCUAUUAUAUCUUCAGUAUGUUUUUCCCAUCGUGACAAUAUUGUCAGACUUAUCUGUAAAGGUCAGGGAUUUCGUCAGAGACUUCUGCCACUUUUGAUAGUUGGUAUCCUAGAAAUUUUUUGAUAUGCAUAUGGUUUGGGUAUAUGCUUUUGGUCACUGUUUUUUAAUAUCCUCUAGUUUAAGCUAUGAAGAAGGACAUCCCUCACACACUGAAGCAGAUCUCCUUCAGAGACAGACUUUUGCAGCCUCUCAUCAGCUUCCAGGAUAUGCUACCACACCUCAGCCAACUGGUCUUUCUGGAAUAUUUGAAACUAAUGUGAACAGUGCCAUCACUAACACUAAAGAAUCUUCAGUGAUGAAUUUUCUUUCUGCUGUUGAAUCCCGAACUGCUCAGGCUGCUUCUUCAGGAACUACUCUUUUACCACAAUUCAGGGCUCCAUCCUGGCAGACAGGUAUGCAUUCCUCAGCAGCAACUGAGCUGUUCGUUACUGGACCUUUGCCAACCACUGGAACACUUCCACCAUCUGCCCUCUCUGCUUAUCAGCAUCCUGCCACCUUUAGCAACAGAAACUUUGCUACCAGCUCACCUUUGGUGCUUCAGGAUUCAACUUUUAACACUACAUCAAAUGGAAUUUUAAAUCCUCAUGAUCCUUUGCUACAAAUCAAGACUUCCCAGGGAACUGUUCCAACUGCUUUGGCAUUUGAGCGCCUGGGCAGUUCUGCGUUAAGUAACAGCAUACCACCUCAGUCUUCAACAUAUCGCUCAGCUCAAGAGUCUGCACCCCAUCUUUUACAACCUCAGUUUAGUUUGUUGCCUUCUGCACUUGGAGGAGCCCAGCAAACUCCUCAAGCCUACAAUUCAACUCUCUUUUCUAGUUCUACUGCAUCCAUUGAAAGAGCUCUUCUUCGAGAAUGUAGUGUUAUUAAACACCAUCAGCGGCCUUCAGGUACCCAGUCUAUUCAGGCACAACUGACUGGUUCACAGCAUUCCUUACAUAGUUAUCUGUCAAAUGCAAGUGUAGUUAAUUUUCAGGAAACAACCAGGCAGUCAUCUUUAUCCUGUAGCUCAAUUGGAGAUUCUACUCAGGUGAGCAAUGGAGGAUUGCAACAGAAGACCUCCCAGGUCUCAGUGGAACUUGCUCAGUCUUAUUCAUCUGCAAUUCCAUCACCAGGGUAUCCUCCUUCUACUACAAAAGUAAAAAACUGUUCUGUGAAACAACCACCAAGGUCAACUAAGACCCCCAAACCUCAAAGUAUAAUUCCUCCUUUGCAAACACUAAGCUAUUCCAAACCCUUACAUAACCAGAGUUCUGUAAUACCAGGCCAAGCACAAAUUUAUUCUACAGCACAGCUACCAAGCCUUUUAUCAGUUAGUCAGUCCCAAAAUUAUGGUUUAGUACAACCACAUAAUGUGCCAUCUAUUGUUCAUUCACAGGUUUAUAGGUCUAGCAAGGUUGAGAAGUUGCCAUCCUUAUACAAAACAUUGACUUUUUCUGGGUCAUCUCAGACUAUAACUUCUGAAAAUCAGACACUUAGUUAUUCUUCUGAUGAGCAACAGGUAUUAUCUUCAGUUACAAGUGAGAAUUACCCUGCCCAAACAAGAGAUCUAUCUUCAGUUAGUCAGUCUCCAAGUUAUUCGUCUAGUCACUCUCAGAGUUUAUCACCAGUUAGCCAGUCACAGGUUAGCUAUUCAUCUCAGUCACAAGUUUUGUCAGUUGUUAGUCCUUCAGAAAGCUAUGCUUCAGGGCAGUCCCUAACAUUAACAGCCCCUUCUCUUUCUUAUUCUAAUGCCUCUCGUGCUCAGAAUUUGCCAGCAUCUAGCCCAAACCAGAAUUACAUUUCUUUGCAUUCUUCCCAAAAUGCUCAGAGUCAAGGGUCAUCAUCUCCCCAGUCCCAAAAGUAUUUGCCUGCUGUCCAGUCAACAUCUUUUGCAUCCUCUACUCAUUGUCAGACAUUACAGAAUAAUAUACCUUCCCCUGAUCCAAAGUCUUACUCUGAAAGAAAGCUUGACUCAAAUGUUUAUACAUCUUCAAAGGAAGAAAAUGAUUUUCCAAUGCAAGAGUUACAGGUGUUACAGUCACCAACAUCUCUUGAGUCAUCAACCCAAAGGCUGUCUGAUAGGGAAAUUAAUGCUCAAGAAUCAGCUUAUAAAGUAUCAAAGGCAGAUGACAGGUAUUCUCAGAGUGUAAUCAGAAGUAAUUCUCGUCUUGAAGAUCAAGUUGUUGGGAUUGGUCUACAAGGGUCAAAAAAAGAAGAAAGCGUGGGUGGAUCAGUGACACAACUUAGUCAGCAAAUUGGCCAGAUCAAUAAUACACCAACCCUUGAUAUUAAGAAGGCAACUAAUUUAAUGCAAGCUCCACAAAUAAGGUUGAACACUAAAGACCUAAAUGAGCAGCAUUCUCUUAUGCAUAAGGUACCUGAAGCCAAGAUCCAGGAACAGCAUGAUCAAAUAAUUAAUGCUUCAUCUCAGAUUCAAAUUCCAACUCAUGCUUUAGGGCAUGGUCAUCAGGUGUCUGUUCCUAAUACACAGGUCCUUUUAGACUCGGCUUGUGAUUUACAAAUUCUUCAGCAGUCAUUACUACAGGCAGGUUUAGGACAAGUAAAGGCGUCUUUACAAGUACAGCGUGUUCAAAGUCCUCAGCAAAUAGUACAUCCUUUCCUUCAAAUGGAUGGUCAUAUUAUUCAGAGCAAUGGUGAUCAUCCUCAGCAGCAGCUCCAUCCUCAAAAUUCUGAAAUUAUGAAAAUGGACCUCUCUGAGUCUUCAAAACCAUUACAACAGCAUCUAACAACAAAGGACCAUUUUAAUGAAACAAAUCAACAUGAUUCAAAGAAUCAGUUUGUUUCUCUUGGAUCAAUAUGUUUCCCAGAGGCAAUGCUUCUCAGUGAUGAAAGAAAUAUCUUAUCAAAUGUAGAUGAUAUCUUAGCAGCUACAGCAGCAGCUUGUGGAGUUACACCUUCUGAGUUUUCCAAGUCAACUUCAAAUGAAACUAUUCAGUCUAUUGAAGAAGGUGAUUCUAAAUCUCAUUUUCAGCAGGCAUUAGAUGUUAGGCAUGUGACCUCAGAUUUUAACGCCAUCACAGCCACAGUGGGAAAGCCACAGAAUAUAAAUGAAAUUUCUUUAAAUGGAAGUCAGAUUGCCAUCAAUCUUUCACCAGUACCUACUCUUCAGUCAAAAAUGACUCUUGAUCAAAAGCACAUUGAAACACCUGAUCAAAGUACAGCAUCUAAAGUAACUUCAUCAGUGGUUGGAACAAGUCAUGAAGGCCAGGAGCAAAGUUCUGGCUCAGUCAAAAAAUACUCUUCUACCAAUCAUGAAUCUGAAGAAAACAGCGAAGUUCCUAUUGAUAAUACAUUAAAUAAUAACAGAAACCAAGAAUUUGUUUCUAGUAGUAGAAGUAUAAGUGGAGAGAGCGCUACAUCAGAGAGUGAAUUUACCUUAGGGGGUGAUGACAGUGGUGUGUCAGGGAACCCGACUAGGAGUGCACUUGUACUGUUGGCCAUGGCCCAGCCUGGGGAUGCAAUCAGUGUUAAGAUUGAAGAAGAAAACCAAGAUGUAAUGCAUUUUAACCUUCAAAAGAAAAAAGCUAAAGGGAAAGGGCAAAUUAAAGAGGAAGAAAACAAUAAUCAGAAACAGCUGAAAAGACCUACCCAAGGCAAACGCCAGAAUCCAAGGGGAACAGAUAUAUAUCUGCCAUAUACUCCUCCUUCCUCGGAAAGUUGCCAUGAUGGUUAUCAGCAUCAAGAAAAAAUGAGACAGAAGAUCAAAGAAGUAGAGGAAAAACAGCCAGAGGUCAAAACAGGAUUUAUUGCCUCUUUCUUAGAUUUUCUGAAAUCUGGGCCCAAGCAGCAGUUUUCUACUCUUGCUGUACGCAUGCCUAACAAGACUAGAAGACCGGGGACCCAGAUUGUUCGUACACUUUGUCCCCCACCACUUCCAAAGACUUUAUCUACAACACCCAUGUCUUUAGUGUCUGAAACUGGGGUUAACAGUCCAUCAGAAAAAGUUGAUAAUGAACUUAAAAACUUGGAGCAUUUAUCUUCAUUUUCUUCUGAUGAAGAAGAUCCUGGAGUAUGCAGUCAUGAUAUUUAUAAAAGCAUCUCUACUACCUUAACUGCUUUGGAUGCUACUUCUGAUAAAAAGAAGAAAACAGUUUCAGAAGCCCUACAGGUGGCAACUGCUAGCCCAACUGCCAGUACUACUGGUACUGCUACUACUUCCUGUACCACUGUGGGUGUCGUCAAGCAAGAACCUCUCUACUCUACUUCAUCUACAGUAAAUAUUCCAGAAAAUAUAAACUCUGCAGAACCCUCAAAACACGUCGAACAUGAUGGUCUUCCUUCAAACCAGUUUGCGAAAGGACAGGACACUGUUGCCAUAGAAGGUUGUACAGAUGAGGAGAACACAGAAAGCGGAGGAGAAGGCCAAUACAGAGAGCGUGAUGAAUUUGUGGUAAAGAUAGAAGACAUAGAGAUUUUUAAGGAGGCUUUAAAAUCAGGAAAAGAACCCCCAGCUAUUUGGAAAGUACAAAAAGCUUUAUUACAGAAGUUUGUUCCUGAAAUUAGAGAUGGGCAAAGAGAAUUUGCUGCUACAAAUAGUUACCUUGGGUAUUUUGGAGAUGCAAAAAGUAAGUACAAAAGGAUAUAUGUGAAGUUCAUUGAAAACACAAACAAAAAGGAAUAUGUCAGAGUGUGUUCCAAAAAGCCAAGAAAUAAGCCAUCACAAACUAUCAGAACUGUUCAGGCUAAGCUGAGCAGUAGCAGUAAAACUUCUGAUCCUCCAACACCAAAAGCUACAGCUACAAAAGCCCCUUCCAUGAAACCCAAAGUUAAACAACUAAAAGUAAAGGCUGAACCACCACCAAAAAAACGGAAGAAAUGGAAAGAAGAAUUUUCAUCAUCCCAAUCUGACUCAUCUCCUGAAGUCCAUUCUAGUAGCAGUGAUGAUGAGGAAUUUGAUCCUCCAGCUCCCUUUGUCACUCGUUUUUUGAACACAAGAGCAAUGAAGGAAACCUUUAAGAGCUACAUGGAAUUGCUUGUUAGCAUUGCCUUGGACCCUGACACAAUGCAAGCCUUAGAGAAGAGCAAUGAUGAGCUACUUUUGCCUCAUAUGAAAAAAAUAGAUAGCAUGCUGAAUGAUAACCGAAAGAGGCUUCUUCUCAAUCUUCAUUUGGAUCAGUCAUUCAAGAAUGCUUUGGAAAGUUUUCCUGAACUGACAAUAAUCACUAGAGACUCCAAAGCAAAAAGUGGUGGAUCUGCUAUUUCUAAAAUCAAAAUGAAUGGCAAAGCUUAUAAUAAGAAAACUCUAAGGACUUCCAAAACAACCAGUAAAUCUGCACAAAUUUCUUCUGUGCAGAAAAAAAAUGAAGAUUUGGGACAGGAAGAAAUUGUUCAACUUUGUAUGAAAAAUGUAAAAUGGGUGGAGGAUCUAUUUGAAAAAUUUGGAGAACUUCUGAAUCAUGUACAGCAGAAAUGUUCAUAAUAUUGCCACAGAAUCCCAUCUCUUUUAUAGCACUAAUGAAAUGGCGGAAGGGGUGGCAAAGAGGGGCCAGGUCCUCAGAUCAUCGAAUGUCAGGCAGUGAGCUCCUGCAGGUGUGCCUGCUUCCGCCCUGGAAUUCGCAUCGUGACCUCUGCUAAAGGACCGUGGUGCUGCCAAUGAAGUUAGUCCUUUGGAAAUGGACCUAAAUCCCACCACAUUUUUAUCCUAAUGAAUGAAUGAUUUUUCUAUUUUGUAAAACAUUGGGUAACUGAGUUUUAUUUUCAGAAAUGUUUUUUGACAAAUGAUGAAGCAUGCACUAAAUAUAAUUCUUCUUCAUUGCUAAAGAGAUAACACUUAACUUGAUUUUUUUUUCACUCACUCUGGCUAAACACCAGAAUGAAAGAGAAGUGGCAGAAAGCAUACAUUUGCAUUUAUGUCUGGCCACAAAAUGGAAAGUAUUGUACAUUAUGUAAACAGAUCUGGUAUGAUGUGACAUUCUGUAUAAGAAUAUCUCCAAUUUAAAAUAUAAAAUUCAGAAACUGCAUUCUGCUUUACGGACUCCUUUUAACAUGUUCAGGAAACUGGAUGUGGAAUUGGUGCAAUUCUAUGACUGCUUUUUGUGUCAAAUUAUAUUGUGAUGAAAAAAACAAUGACAUACUAUUUUUCCCUAUCUCAAAGAAAACUAUUUUCCUUUAUACUGUUUUUUCCUUUGGAAAAUUUUUCAAUUGUACAUUUUAUCUCACUAAUAGAUGUAUUUUUCACAAGGAAAUGUUGUGGUUAUAAUUAUGUUUGCUAUAUCUGUAAUACACUUUUCAUUAUUUUCAGUAAAUCUUAGUUAUACGUUGAAUUUCUAUUGUAAACUCUAUCUUGAGAUAACCAUUUUUGUUCAUACAGAUUUGCCUCAGUGUUAUCCAGAAUAUGCAUUCAGUACUAGAAUUAGUUUAGCUUUAUAAAUGAGGUUGUGUUAGACACUGCAGUAAUUUUUUAAUUCAUGAAAAUAAAUUUCUUACUGAACUAGCACUUGAUUAACUGAUUUGUUGAAGUAAAAAUCUAACCACAUUAUACAUUUUGAAGAAUAAAGUUGAUGAUUAGACUGUAUGCAGUGUUAAACAUAGCUUGCCUAACUCUUAGAACUGGAAGUGGUGGAGCUCUCCUUUUGGUGCCUUUCCAACCUUUAUACAUGCUAUUGUAGCUUCCUUGAGUUCAGUAGUUAGCGAUUCAAGUAGUUUAGCUCAGACAGUGAAUGUAUUAGGUUCAACAUGACCUUGUUUUUAUUUGCAUUUGCCAACAGGAUGCCUUAUUUGUUUGGGAAAAAAAGACUAGUGUCAUUCUAAACUAUCUCCUUUUUUUAGGAUUCUAAAAAAGUUGUUAAUCAUCAUACUUUUGCUUAUUUUACCACCAUUUAGUGCCUUAAGUCCUAAAUGAAAGAAAGCAGUGUUACUGCUCAAUGCCCAAAUAAGACAUGUAUAUGUGGAUAUUGCUAUUGUCUUGACUUUGAAUUAACAGCCAACUUCUUAUAUUUAAAACCUCAGCAAACUAGCAAAGAAUUGAAGGUAACAUGUGACUUGAUUUGAGGGAAAAAAAACACUGUAGCCUUGGGUAAAAAAUUAGUAUUUGGAUUUGAGUUAAGCUUACAUACUUAUUUCUGAUGGUUAUCUUGUUAAAAGCAAUAAUCCUUAAUACUUGUACCUGCUAUUAGACAAUAAGAUACUCAGUAAUGGAAGUUUCUCUCAAGAGUUCAAUGUUCCAUUUCUGAAAGAUUUUUAAAAACCUGCAUGGGCAGCUUAUUUUGAAAACAGAAGUAGCCUAUUAGAUUCAUUUUACCUGACUCAUAAGAAAUGCAGAAUAUCAGCAGUGGGCGCAUCAUAAAAUUAUUUUUGCUAAGAGGAGAAGAGUAGGAAGCAGCCAUAUUUCUUUCUGAUAGUACUGACUCUGGACAGAAUUGGUUUCUUUCAUUUCCAAACUGCAGAGUAGAGAACUAUAUCUUCUAGUAGUGUUAUAUGUAUACGUCUUUACUACUCCCCUAGCUUACUUUCCUGAAUCCCUGGUGGUUUAAAUAUUUUUGAAAGCUGCCUUGCAUUCAGGUAACUUGAAGUAGAUGUUUGAAAUCACUAGCCACAUUUUCUUCAUGGUAAGCCCCAUGGAAAACAAAGAUAUUGUUUCCUGUAGAAAAUAACCCAUUUCCUUUUGAACUGCAGUUGCCCUCAAACUGUUUGCACUUGUAUUCAAUUUAGUAAAACAAGUGUUUUCAUAAAAUUUGGGGCCAAUUCUAUGAUACUGCCUCAAGGAGACCCUGUUGUUUUGUUGCACUGUCUUCUCUCAUUUGGUCCAUAUUGCUUAGACAAAAAACAUCAUUCUCAGGCCGUAGAGAAAAAGGGGACUAUUACGACAACCAUACAUAAGUCUUCUCUUUGUAUGAAGUUAAAUAAAUACCUAGCUAGUUAGCAUUUACAUUUCUUGCUAUAGAGUUUGAAAUUUAUGGUAUAGAAAUACUUUAGAUUGUAGCGGUAAAGAGGUAAAGCACAUGUUGCCACAACCCAGGAAACAUUUUAAAGAAAGACUAGAUUUUCCUACCUACAGAGAUUUGAAAACAAUUUAAUGUAGAAAAUUAUUCUGUGUUGGGUGUUCAUUUCUAGUUCUGAUUAGGGGUUAGAGAGGGUCCUUCCUUGUUUUCAUUUUCACUACAUCCCAGUUUCCAUUCAUUUGAUCCUCUAAUGAAGUCAUACAUUUAUAAUGAUUCUAUUACACUAUUAAACAGGAAACACUGGUAAGAUGGAAAAAUCUUAUUUUAAAAUGUUUCAGAAAUUUUCCAGAAGUAACUUGAAAUUUCUAAAACUCAAAGAUGAAAUUAUGUAGAGGGACUCAUGCAUUAGAACUGUUUUCAAAGCUCUCCCCAAAAUUUUUAGUCUCAUUUUUCUUUUAAUAAACAUUUUUCUUCAAAGCAGCUAUAUUCUAACCUAUAACCUUUGAGAUAUACCCAUAAAACCAGUAUAGCAGUAGUAUUUUUGAAGAUUUCCCAAAAGUUGCUUCACAUUGCAAGUUCUGAAUUUUAUUGUAUUUGUAAAAACAUUUUUUUUUUGUUUUAAAUUAUAUUUCCAUCUGUUUCUUAAAAAUGCUUUUCAAAUAGAGUAAAAUAUCCCAGGAUAACUGCUUCUGUGUCAGUGGCACUUGACACAUAACUACACAAAUGAACAAUGUACACUAUUGGUUGUGCAUUAUUUUACUUGUACAACUUUUGGCAUCUAUGUUCACAAAUGCAUGUUUUCAAAAAAUCACCUUUAUUUAUAAGUGACAAUAAUUGAAGUUAAGGAUACAAAGAAACCUUCUGCAUCUGUAGCCCAGAGUUUCAAGUGGUCCAUAAUGCAAUGUAUGGAAAUGUGAAAGACAAUUUUGUGUAUUUGUUUAUUACUAACUCAGAUCAUUAAAAUGAAAACAGUUUUUUAAACAAAAUCAAAAUGUUUGGUUUUUUUUUUUUUUAAAGAAUUAAAACAGUUGGAAGCAGUAUUAGCAA